AGACAAAAAUUAGAUAAUAAUUUUAUGGAUUUAGUGAGGUGGCGCCGCCGGCGGACCCUUAUCUAAAUCCGCGGUGUCACAACACCACCUUCUCCGCCCCUGGUUUUCUCUCUCCCCCUCUCUCUCUCUCACACAUACACACACGCUUCCGUUUCUUCGCCUAAUCUGGUGGUCGUAGGGUAUAAGUUACUUGGCAUUUCGAAUAAAAAAGUAAUCUUUUCCCCUUUCAAAAUCAUCCCUCUCUCAUCUUGUUGCAGCUUCAAGCAAUACUAUUUGAAAUUGGAAAUUUUAGCUCGCUAGAUCUGAAUUGCAAUUUGUUGUAAUUCGUUCUGGUACCAAUUAGAUUCCUUUGAUGAGGGAUUCUCUCUAACAGCCCAAAAUUGAUGGAAAAAUCUAGUCUUUCUUAAUUUUAUUUCUUGAUUCUUGUGGAGUGUUUCCCCCCAAAUUCAUCCAGAAAAAGGAGAUGGUGGCUGUAAACAUGGGCACCCUUUACUAUGUGCUGGAUCAUGUGUAUGGUGCAUUGCUGCACAGAACAAGGAUUAGCCCUCCAUUUUUCUCGAGGGGUUGGGGCGGCACGAAGCUUGAGCUUCUUGAGAAGAUGAUAAAUCAGUUGUUUCCUGAAAUAGAAGGUCAGAAUUGGCCUCCUGCUUUGGUGCAGCCGGUUUGGAAAACGGUUUGGGAAUCGAAGACUGCUUGUUUGAGAGAAGGGGUGUUUCAGACCCCUUGUGAUGAGGUGCUUCUCAAUGCAUUGCCACCCGAGAGCCACACUGCAAGAGUUGCCUUUCUCUCCCCUAAAUCUUGCCAGCCCCAGAGGAUGGCAUGCGUUGUUCAUCUUGCUGGCACAGGAGACCAUUCGUUCGAGCGCAGGUUACGCCUUGGUGGGCCUCUGCUGAAGGAAAACAUAGCAACCAUGGUGCUUGAGAGCCCUUUCUAUGGAAGAAGACGUCCUUUGCAGCAACAUGGUGCAAAGCUGUUGUGCGUCAGUGAUUUGCUUCUAUUAGGAAGAGCUACCAUUGAAGAGGCUCGUAGCCUUUUGCAUUGGUUAGACUACGAAGCUGGCUUUGGGAAAAUGGGUGUUUGUGGGCUUAGCAUGGGCGGAGUGCAUGCUGCCAUGGUUGGAUCCUUGCAUCCAACGCCUAUUGCUACAUUCCCUUUUCUUUCUCCACAUUCUGCUGUUGUCGCAUUCUGUGAAGGGGUUCUCAAGCACGCGACUGCCUGGGAAGCUCUUAGAGAAGAUCUUGCCAUGCAGAAAGUCGCGUUGACGAUUGAGGAAGUGAGGGAACGGAUGCGGGACGUGCUGUCUCUAACUGAUGUCACACGGUUUCCUAUCCCCAAAAACCCCAACGCUGUUAUCUACGUCGCUGCUACUGACGACGGUUAUAUCCCGAGACACUCUGUGUUGGAGCUUCAGAAGGCGUGGCCAGGAUCAGAAGUAAGGUGGGUUUCAGGGGGCCACGUCUCGUCUUUCCUUCUUCACAAUGGGGAAUUCCGUAGAGCCAUCGUGGACGGACUUAAUAGACUGCAGUGGAAGGAACCUCAUUCAUGAUACGGUGACAAGAUAUGUUGUAAGUCUUAAUUCUUCGACUCUAACUCACGAUAUUUGUAAUUGAACUCGAGGGUUGCUUUCUCUUCUCGGUCUCUAAUUUGUAUUGUAAAAGGAAAAUACCUUGCUGAUGAACUGAAUAUAAUUGUUAAAUUGUUCAAAAA